GUUUAAUUGAUUAUCUACAUCGGAAUUUCAAUGUUGAAAUCGAAAUUUAAUAAUUCACACAAGCAUCACCAGAGUUUGCUAUAUCAAGAUGUCCGCACUACUACUCCCGCUACCAUAGUCAACUUGCAACUCACUUACACGCCUCUCUUGACGAGCUAGUCACCCUGGCCCUCGUCAAAAUGUCUCACUUAUUUUCAAUUCCUAGUCAGAGGCUUGUACUAAGGUCAACCACAUCUACCGUCAUAUGCGCUCAGUGCCGCCGAUCCUUUACUGCAAACCCGGUGUUUCGUAGCGGUCACAAUCGUUGGUCUAAAAUCCGACACGAAAAAGGUGCCGCUGAUGCAAAGAAGACUGCUCAACGGACCGCCUUUUCGAAAAAUUUGACGCUCUAUUCAAAACUGUAUGGCCCAGACCCAAAUCUGAAUACACAACUUGCUUCAGUAAUCACAGCUGCGAAGAAAGCCGGUAUGCCGAAGGCCAACAUUGAUGCUGCUAUUGCACGGGGCCAGGGCAAAUCAUCAACUGGCGCUGGACUGGAAUCCGUUACUCUCGAAGUCAUGAUGCCACCAUCAGUAGCCAUAGUUAUCGAUGCAGAGACUGAGAGUAAAUCUCGUACCUUGCAAGAACUCAAACUUCUGGUCAAGAAAUGCAAAGGCACCGUCACACCAACCACAUUUAUGUUCACAAGGUUAGGCCGAUCCAUUUUGAGAGGCACAGGUGACGAGUUUGAUGAUGUCUUGAUGCAGGCGUUGGAGGCGGGCGCCGAGGAUGUUGAGCAAGAUGAGAACGGCGACAUAAUACUCCUGACCCAACCUAAUUCGACACACCAAGCAGCGCAGAAUCUAAGCAAGGCUCUAUCUACAGAGAUUCUUAACUCUGAGAUCUUAUGGGCGCCUACAGGUGACAAGAUCAAACUUGACGACGCCCAAGAAGUAGCGGCCAUUGGUAACUUCUUUGCAGCACUGCAAGACAACCCAGAAGUUCAAGGGGUCUACGCAAAUAUUGAACGAGGAAGUGUAUCCGAGGAGGUAUGGAAAACUAUAGAAGAUAACCUCGACACAUAAUUUUUUUUUCCUUAAAAGAAUAUGUACAAUAUGUAAACGUAGACCAUCGUCAUGGAUAUCCACGCUCUAGAUAUAUAUAGUUCUACACUCUUGUUUAAUACCCGCCUG